AUGAUCAGUUCGGUGAAAUAUUAUAAUGCCGAAGAGGCAGAAUGCAAGCGAUAUCGGCUUGCUAUGAUCAAAUGCCAAAAGGCUGACUGGAUAUCAAAUUCGACCCUCAAUUUGCUCAAUUUAGUCCAAAAUUUAAUUAUUAGUGCUGGUAUGCUAAUAGGCUGCUUGUUGAUUGCCUAUGAUGUCGUCCGUGGUGUCCUAACGGUCGGCGAUUUUGUAUUGUUUUUCACCUAUUUGGAUCAACUUUAUCGGCCUCUGAACUUUUUUGGCACCUACUAUAGAAUGCUACAAACCAGUUUUAUCGACAUGGAGAACAUGUUUGAUCUGCUGGACGAGAAGGUAGAGAUUCAGGAUGUACCUGAUGCAUCUGAUCUUAAAAUUACUACUGGACGUAUUGAGUUCAAAAAUGUUUCUUUCCACUAUACUCCUGAGUAA